GUGUGGUGUUGCUUCAUCGUUGACGACUAACUGUCCUUCUUCAUUUCGUUGUUAAUUAGGCCUCAUUUAACGCUAACAGUAAGGGGGUUCCUCCGCGUAAAGGAUGAUUACCUGAAUAUUUAGCACCGCCAAUAUUCAUUAGCAUAACGCUACAUCGCAUGAGUGCAAUGACUGCCCCAAUGGGCCCGGGGCUUUACAACGUCUCGCUGGAUAUGCUCAUGGGCCGAGACAUGGACCAGGACAGGCGCGAGCUGCUAGAAACCCUGCACAGGGCAUCAGCUGCCACCUCUACCACGGCAUCCGCGGACGUCCUGGGCGAGCCCGCCACCAAAAGGCAAAAGUUACAAAGCGAACCGCCGGUGGACAGCGCCGAAGCUGCAUUGCGUGGGGGCCGUAAGAAGCCACCAUGGACACCAGCAGAACAGGCCAUUGUUGCUAUAAAGCAUUGCGAGCUUGGGAACAGGUGGACUCAAAUUGCUGCUUAUCUUCCACUGAGGUCGGAAAACGAUGUCAAGAAUAUUUGGCACUCAACGUUGCGAUGCAAGGACACGCAGAAGAGGUCGUUUCUGCGCACAUACGCCUUGGCUGUGCACGACCACGCGUACGACUACGCCACUCGAAAGGCCAUGUUCGAUAUUGCCGUACGGCAAUGCGGCCCCCCGCCGCCCCAGGCGGCUGAGAUGAUAGCCCGUGUGCAGCUGAUGCUGGACCACCCUGAGCUGCAGGCGUCCCUGCAGCUGCAGCACGAGCAGGCGGAGCAGCCUCCCUUCCCGCAGCUAGGCCAGCAGCCCCCGCUGUUCCAGAAGAGGGAGGAGCUCUCCCAGCCGCAUCUCGCCCAGCUGCAACAGCAGCACCUCUUGCUGCUACAGCAGCACCAGCAGGGCCUUCACCGGCUGCAAGACGGGGACGACAUGGAGGUCGGUGGGGACGAGCAGCAGCACACGCGUCUCUACGACCCCCAUCGCCAACCGCAACAGCAGCAGCAUACGCAAUUCGAGGAUGAGGCGCAAGCAAGAAUCAGCGGCGGCAUCGGCCGUAGGCUUUCGGACAAGGACGCAGCAGGGGUGCGCCGGUCGCGGGCUGUCAUGGAGAACCCCUUCGGUGAACCCCUACACCGGCAACUCAGCGACUCCUACGGUGCUGGCCGGGCUGGGAGCCGCGGAGACGGUGGCCUAGACCCCAAUGGCGGGGGUGGGGGUUCGUGCAGUCUUGAGAAGCUCCAGGAGUUGAACCAGCAAAUCCAGCUGCAGCAGCAGCAGAAGCAGCUGGCGGCGCUGCUGCAGGAGCAGGCGCAGGCGGCCGCCGCGCUUCGAAACCAGUUCCAGCUGGGCGGAGGAGGAGGAGGCCACAAGGGCCCUGCGGCGGCCGGGGGUGAGGUCCCGGCUCCGGAGCACCCGCACCAGCAGCAACCGCCCCAGCUACCGCAACCCUCGCUGGGGGAGCUUUUGUCUCACCCGCGGCUGCAGCGGGCGGACUCCGGAGGGCUGGCUGGUGCAGCGGCGCUUCGGGGACCUGCUGCGAACGGUCUUGCAAUCGGCAUGGGCUGUGGUAAUGGCAACUGCGGCGGGAACGCCGGCAAGACCAGCAGCAGCAGCGGCAACAACGACAACACCCGGACCAACAGCGGCACCAGCAGCAGGGCAGGUGCGAAUGUGGCCGCUAACGGCGAGGAGGGCGCCGCCGCCGGCUGUCCCGGCGCCGUACAGGCUGAUCCCAUACUGCCCUUAGCGCUAUCUCAUGCGGCGGCAGCGGUGGCGGCUGCCGCUGCUGCCAACGCGGCCGGCAGCGCCACUGACGUGCAGCUGCCGCCGCCCCUCGCACUCAACCCCUCCGGCGGGGACUUGCCGCAGCCGGCGCCGGAACGCCCUUCAGGCUCCCUUCCCGCCAUUGGUAACCUGCUAGCCUUGCUGUACAAGUACAACAUCGAGCUGUCCCAGGCGUCAGGCGCCGGAGGGGGCGGCCCCGAGGCACGCAGCUGCCAACCUGUCGUACUUCUCCCGCCCAUGCCUGCUGCUGCCGAUGUGAAGGCUGCUACAGCUCCUGUCGCUACGGGUGCUGCUGCCAAUGCUGCGAGUGAAGCAGCGGCGGCGCCGGCGGCAGCUGACGUGAGCGAGGCGGCAGAGCGGGUAAGCAAGGUGAUUUCGUCUGUGGCAUCAGCGGCUGGAGGUGGUGGAGGUGGCAGCAGCACGCAAACACAGGGACUGGCUCUCCGGCCACUGGCACUGCGACCCCUAGCAACGAAGCCCGAGGUCGUCAGCGCGAAGGAGGAGGACAGUUCGGCUGGCGAGGCGGCGGGCAGCGGCCUUCUGAAGCUCAAGGACUCGCCCACGCGCACGACCCUUACACGCGGCGCCGGGGGCGGCAGCGUAGGCAGUCUGGCGGGGCUGCCGCCACCCGCGCCGCGACCCAGGGGUCUUCCCAUGUCGUACAAUCUGCAGGACGCUGAUGCGGAUGAGCUGGGAGCGGUGGAGGCGCUUGCUCUAGCCGCGCGGAUGAGUAGCCAGUCGAGCCGGGCGGGCGGGGGCGGGGGGGGCCGGCUGUCCGGGCACGGCGCUGGGUCUGCAUUCGGCAGCGUGGGUAGCGGCAGGUCUAGUGUGUCUAACCUGGGUGGGGGAAGCGCCGGUAGCGGCGGUCUUGCCGGCAUGCGUGGAGGGGCAGGGGCGGGGUUUGGAUCCGGGGCAGGGGCGGCAGCGGGAGCGUCUGCGGCACUUGCAGGUCCGAGCCCCGCCAAUGGCGGGUCCGCAGGCGCCGCCGCAGCUCUUGACCUGCUCCAUCGCACCUCCUCCUCCUCCCAGCGGGCGCUGCAGCCCACAGGGCGGGAAAGGCUGCUCCUGCAGCCCCUGCAUGGAGACCCGCCGUCGCUGCUGCAGCCGCAGCCCUCGCUGCCGCUCCCGCCGGGGUCCCGGCCGGGGUCGCUGCUGCCCAACCUGCAACGGCUGGGGUCCAUGCCGCAACAGCCCCCCACGCAGCCGCCGCCGCAGCAGCUCAUGUCAAGAGGGGGCGUGGGAGCGCUGGGGCCGCCACCGCCCCCGGCAGCGCUGCCUACCGCUCCGCCAGCGGGGCCUUCCUUGGAUGUGGUUUCGGUGCUGAAUCUGCCGGGACUUCGGCGGCAGGUGGUGGAGCUGCCGCCCCAGGCGCUGCUGGCGUUGCUCAGCUCCCCCGCGUUUGGGGUGGACUGCGAGGCAAGCGUGUUGCUGCUGGUGGCGCUGUGGGUGCAGUACAAUGCGGAGAGCGUCACGUCGGAAACCGUGCGGGCAGUGUGCGGUGCCGUACGCGUGGCGGCGCUGGGCGGAUUCCACCUGUCCGCGGUGCUGCCACAGCUGCUGACUGACCCACGGGUCGUCGGGGCCAAGAGCACCAUCAACAACGGUAAAAACGGCGACAGGUGGUUUGACAUGCGAGUGGAGGAGUUUGCCUUCCUCACCAACUUUGUCCGGGCGGGUUCCGUGGAGCGGGCACACCUGGUGGAUGCCGCACGAAAGGUGUACGACUGUACGUCUCCCUGGUACAACACCUCGCCGCGUUGUCUUGCCGUGCCGUCGGAGGGCUUCUCCUUCAAGUGGCACAUUCCGCAGCAGGGGCUCAGGGACGCGCUAGGCGGCGGGGUGCAGACCCACGCCGCUUUCGCUCUCAACAACGAAGCCGCCAGCGCCCUGGCGGACGCAGACGGCUCCGGCCCGGACGGCUGCCUUGCGUUGCCGUACAUCAUGUGUCGCGGCCUGGAGUGGCACUUGUUCGUUGACUGUCAGCACCGCAAUGGCACCGCCGGCAGCAGCGGCGCCAGUGGCGGCUCCGCAGCCGGUGUGUUCCUCUACUGCCGGGUGCCUAGCGCCCUGAAACCUCGUGGCGGCGCCGGCGGCGGCGGGGGUGCUGACGGCAAUGACGGCAUCAUUGGCGUCGUUCCUGGCGGCGGCAUUCGUCUGAGUGUGUACGGCUGGCGUUGCGGGCGGUUGGAGGAGGUGUUUGUGUGGACGUUUGGCGAUGAGACGUACUUCACACCCGAGGCAGCCAUGGGUUGCCCCGCGGCGCUGCCCCUGCGGAAGCGUCCCGGCAGCCCGGCGGGGGGCGGCGGCGGGGAGGAGAGCCUGGCGUCCUGGGGGGAUUACCUGCAUGAGGGCGGGCUGAGGGGGACGUUGACGUUCUUGCCGCUGCAGCCGGGGAGUGGGAGGUAGGGGCAGGGGUGUUGAGAGGUGGUGUGGGGGGGGGGCAUGCUAAGGAAUGGGAUGAGGCGAGGAGAGGGUUGGCAGUGCUGGUGCAUGGUGGUGGUGGUGUUUGGGGUGCAUUGGAUAUGCCACAAUGUCGAGUACACGAGCUUGGUUUCGGAGCCGCGCGCAUGUCAUGUGCCGCGUGCCGUACUACUAGUUGGGUCGUACCGUCGGCGCACUGACUUUUACAUGUGUUUAGCAUCUGAGGACGCGUUACGCAAGACAGCUGAGAGGAGCAGCUAUGUAGCAGUUCCGGGUUACUUUGUGUUGUUUUCCCCUCGCUUGCGUGAAUUCGGCAGCAGCAGCGAAGCUGGGGCGGUUGCAGCAGGGUGCGAGUGUGCACGGUCUCUCAGCGGCAACUGCCAAGCUAUACGGGCUGCCAGGCGUCACGCCUUCCCUUAACUAAUCUUGCUUAUCUAGGAGGUGUUGCGGUGUGUGAUUAGGGGCUAUUAGCUUUGUUUGUCUAACUGACAAAAGGGCUAAGCGCCUAAGUUGUAGCGUGCUUUACCAGCACAGGGCUAGCGCGAUAUGCCCCUGUUGUGCGAUUGGGAUACACCUCUGUUCAAGACGAGAGGUUGCACUACGGGGAUGCUAUUUCAUGGGAUGAAGUAAUCCCAUCGCGGAAGGGUCCUGGCCGGCGACACUUUGAACCUCAGAGGGUCAACGAGACCUUUGCCCACCUACCUACCUACCUGCAUUGUAUGUUCAUAUACCGGUAGUUCCCAGGGAGUAAUGUUUCAGUUGACGUCUUAUGUCCUUGCGAACGCUACGGCCCUACCUUAGUCUGCGCGCUGGGGCCGUCAGGAACGUGCAAUCACUAUGUGUGUGUUAAAAAAGCUGGCCUGUGUGUGUGUCCUUGUUUUUUGUGGUUACGGAAACGGGAAUCACCGUCAUGUGUCUUCUAUCAGUCGUGUGCUGAAAGAUAGCCUCCUAUGUCGUACGUGGUUACCCACGAAUGCCACGAACAUGGGUUGAUGCCUUGUCACAUGGCAGCGCCGUGUCACGUCGCUGCCCGUGCAGACCCAUUUCCUGAGCCUUUGUGCAGGCGUUAUUGCGUUUGUUUGGAGGGUUUUAACUACCAAUGUUGUGCAAGAGUAAACAAUGGAAAGGAAUAGGUGUGUUAACGUAUGGUGGUUUCUUUGCGUGCCUAGCUGGAUGCUGUGGGUGGGCGGGUGGCGAGGUGCUGCUACAGAGGCGGUGUUGGGAGGGAGGUUCAGCGCAACGUUGCCUUUGCUCAUCUCCGCCGGAUGUCAUGCCAUGUAUCUUUGGAAGUGACCGCGUCUUUUUGUUUGCAUGCUUGAUGGCUGGGCUGCAGCGGGCAGGUUGCUCUGCCCAGCGCAAUGCCCUAAGUGUACUAAGCGCAUAAUUGCCGUUUACUUUGGAACCGUUGAGGACUUGACCGUUCUGGACGCAGCAGGAAGUCACGGAGAGAGAAGUGCAUGGGGCAGAGACCUGACACGGGAGAGUGGCGGUUGCAGACUACGAACAUUCUUGUGCCUCUUGCUGAGCACCCUUGGUUGCUUGCUUGCUGUGUGGGGAAGUUGUUGCGGUGUUGUAGUUGUGCUUUAGUUCCCGGUUGCGUUGGUAUGUAUUGGCCUGAAGGCUGACAGCGGUUGCAAAGAUACAAGGGAAGCGGGAGCUGUGUAAAAGGGGUGAGGGUGGUUCUGACACCCGUGGUACGACCCCCUUGUUGCUACCGGUAUCAAUCCUUGGACCUGUUUGCUGUUGAAGCCAAGGCAACAACGGGCAUUCUAUUCAUACGGGUGUUCAUUCCAUUAGCGGUGACAAAUCACGGUGCGUGGCCGAGAAUGUGAUGUGUUGACACGUUUGGCCGUGUCGGUGUAUGUGAAUGAAUGAGUGACUGUUACAGUGCUUCCCUGAAAGGGAGCAUGGGUGUAGGUAUCGCAGCGGAUGGGGGCAACGGAUAAGGAUGUUGCGAUAUCGCAACAUCCGGGUGCUCAGCCGCCUCACCGGCUGCCCGCCUGGCGCCGGAGAGAGCUGCCGUGCGCCAGGUGCCUAAUGUAGCAACUGAGCCUCCUCAACUCAUCACAUGAUGCCACGUGGCACCGUCCAGCAUGCGUUGCUUCCAUGCACUGAUUGUCGUACGGCAAUUACCGUACCUCAACGACUUCCCUGCCGACUGGAGGCUCCUGUCACUGGUUAUGGGGGAUCAUGUAGGGUUACGACACUGGCCGGCAUGUGCAGGGACAGCUGAGUCCAUGGUUGCCAUGGUUCACUUGCAGGUGCCAUUGCACUGAAUGCUGCUGUGGUAUGGACCGUAUAACCCCGCUUGACGUCAGAAAGCGCUCCUCCUGCAAGUGUGCCUGCAACGGCGGGGGCUCCGGAGGUGGUGCGGGCAUGUGCAUGUGCAUGCAAGACUGGGCGGUGUGUGUGUUAAAAUAACUGGCCGCGUGUGUGUGUGUGCGAUGAUGCUAGUUUGCCCCGUGUGUGCUGCGGCACGUGCUGAUGUCAGCCCCGGGAUAAGAUUGAAUGAAUGCUACAAUGGCUCCCUAACAGGAGGGAACACGGGGGCGCACAUACCGGUACAGCUCCCGGCAGGGGGCACCGGGGCAGGGCAGGGAGGAGCGGUGUUUGAUGUGCCCGAUGUGCCAGGGAGGACACAACAGCGGGGUAUUUAAGGGCUCGUUUGUCCGCAGGGCUAUCCCCGCGUGACAUGCGCGGGAUGCGGGUGCAUGGGACGCCAGAUUGACACUUGUACUAUCCCGCGGUUGGCUGUUGGGGUAUUAUUCUACGGAGUACGGCGAAUGACCUGUACGGCAAAUCAAAAUUCGGUGUGGAUAGCUGGCAGCGAGGCUUAAAACACCUGUUAUAUAAAUCCCACAGGGAUAGCUGCAACAUCCAAACACUGUAAACACUAAAAACCAGUGACAAAUUGAUAAAACACGUUGUCAUUAAAGUCGCUCA